AUGACCGAGGAUGUUGUGCCCACAACCACGUCGUCGCCAACGACAGAGGCGUCGCUAACGACGACACCGCCGCCCACGGCAACACCGCUGCCCGAUGUUCCAGCCAGUGUCGCUCCGACCAAAGAAGAGGCGAGUAUCCCGUCGACGACCGUGACGCCAUUGUCCAAGACGUCGGCCGAGGCACCGGAGAGUGCCUCAUCGCUGCCGCUCAUUCUGGGGCUCACGGGCGGCGUCGCGGUCGUCGGGAUCCUCGUCGCCGUCGUCAUCUACCGCCGGUCCAAUCACGAACGCGCGUCGUCGGCGGCGUUCAAAGCACCGGAUGGCGAGCCGUACGGCGGUGGCGUCUCGCCCAGCAUGCAUCGGACCCACAACAGUUCGAUGCACAACACGACGUUUCUUGGCAGCAACGCGCCCUUUACGACGAGGCGCGCGCCGUCGUCCAACCAGACGCCAGUGCACGCGCUGACGUCAUCCCCGAUGCGCAGCAACCAAGCGCUCUGGGACGUGCUCUUGGGCCGUGAUACGAUCACGAGCAACCAGUCGCCCAACGUGCCCGUUCAGUUUGGCGGGUCGUCGAUCGCAAGUUCGUCUGUGGGCCCCGGGACGUAUUCGGAGAGCCACUUGAGCAGCUUUGACUCGUCGCGCGGCCCGAGCAGCCACGCCAUCUCCGAGUGCUCGGACAUUUAUCCGAGCUCCGGCUCGCUCUUCCGCAUGUCCUCGCUGCAUGCCGGCAGCGAGUCGAGCGAGGACAUGAUUGAAAUGGAGUUGUAG